ACUUAUGAUCAAGUUGUAGACAAGGCCUAAUCAGCAUAUAGUAGUUUGGUAGAGUAAUGUGUGAAGCUUCCAUGGAAAGUCCCAAUUUAGAUAAAAAAUUGACAUACUCUGAUGAAGUUCCCGACAUGAUUUUUGGGUUUUUGGAGGAAGAUGAGUUUUCAGUAACUUCUUUGGAGUCUAAAGUAGAAACUAUUGAUGAAGAGGAUGAUAAGGACGAGGAGGAGAAUACUAGCAAUUCCGAGGAAAGUAAGGUUUUCUGGGAAUCACAAGAAGAGCUUCUACAAGCAACUUUAUAUAGAACUACAGCCCUUGAGUCAAAAAUUAGGCAGGCGACAAAGGAUGCCCUAAGGGAGUUAGAUUCCGUUGGUAUAAAUUGUUCUUGCCGGAAAAUGAUAGCGGGUGGUUGCCGGAGCUGUAGACAGAAAGAAAUCCGUGAUCACCUUCAAACUGCAGGGUUUAAUUGUGCUAUAUGUAGGUCCAAGUGGAGUAGUUCGGUUGAAAUCCCAGCAGGUGAACACACCUAUCUGGAAGUGCAAAAUCCUUCCAACAAAGGAGAAGUGAAAGUGAUUAUCGAAUUGAACUUUCGCGCAGAAUUUCAGAUAAGUCGAUCCAGCGAAGAAUACAAUCGGCUAAUCAAAAGAUUGCCAGAGAUAUUUGUUGGAAAAAUUGAAAGGCUUCGAAGUCUAAUAAAGAUACUGUGUUCGGCAUCCAAGAAAUGCAUGAAGGAGAGAAAGAUGCAUAUGGCACCAUGGAGGAAGCACAAGUACAUGCAAGCUAAGUGGCUUGGCACGCCUCAGGCCGCGGCACCACCAACCCUGACCAUGGAGCAAGGCCUACAGCGGCUGCGAAAGCCAAGGGCUUCCAUGCUUACCUUCGAUUUGUUUGAUAACUUUGCAGGCCUGCAUUCUAAUGCAAUCAGAGUCAUCUGAUAAUGAUAUUGGGAAUUAAUGAGAGUUUUGCGAUUUUAGUAGUAACCAUGAACAGAUCUAUGUUGUAAUUAGGGUCUGCUCAAGUUUUGCAAAAUACUGUUUACUUCUAUCGUUUUUAAUUUUAGUUAUAAAAUUACUAGUGAGUAUACAUGGAUGUUCUUACUA